AUGGUGGAUAAGCGAAGCGAUGAGACGGGCGAGCGUAAGAUGCGCAUGGUUGUCAAUUACCGGGAGCUGAACGCCCUUACGAUUGCGCCUGACUUUCCCCUACCACCUAUUCAAACGAUUCUUGAGAUGCUGGGGGGGGCCCGAUACUUUUCCACCCUCGAUCUCGAGUCAGGAUUCCACCAGAUAAGGAUGGCCAAGGAGGACAGGUGGAAGACAGCUUUCCGUUCUGUUAUGGGGUUAUUCGAGUAUAAGGUCAUGCCCUUUGGCCUCAAGGGCGCGCCUGCUACCUUUCAGGCCAACAUCAAUGCAUACCUACAACCUUUAUUAGGUCAGGGAGUCAUCGCGUACCUUGACGACGUCCUCAUCUACAGCCCCGACCUUCCCAGUCACGUUGCCCUCCUCCAACAGGUACUCGGUAUUUUCCUUGACCAGAAAUUUUACCCCAAGUUCUCUAAAUGCAAGUUUGCAAAGCGGGAGCUUACCUACUUGGGCUAUACCGUUAGCGCGGAGGGUAUAAAACCCCCACCAGACAAGAUUCAAGCCAUCAAGGCGUGGCCUGAGGUGCUGCAGAACGAGACGCAAAUACGCCAGUUCCUAGGCACCGUUAAUUAUUGUCGAGUGUUCAUGGGCCCGGAUUUUGCCAGGGUCGCCCGCCCGCUCGUGGAUCUCACGCGCAAGGGUGUCCCUUUCCAGUGGACAGACGCACACACUCAGGCGGUACGCCACCUCAAGCAGCGUUUGAUUGAUUACACCACCUUACAGAUUCCUGAUACCACGAAACCCUUUGAGCUCUACACGGAUGCCUCUGGCUUUGCCGUUGGCGCGGUCCUCGAACAGGCCGGUCAGCCAAUAGGGUUCCUCAGUCAGGCCAUGACCCCCACGCAGCAGAAAUACUCGAUCUACGACCAGGAGCUUUUGGCCUUAGUAUCUGCACUCGACAAGUGGGCACACGUACUGCGACCUGCCAAGGUCACGGCCCACACCGACCACCAAGCCCUUACAUACUUACAGCAGCUCAAGGCGUCGAAGCCUCUCCGCGGCCGCACCGCCCGGUGGCUAGAUUUUCUGGCUGAGUUCCCCGACCUCACUAUUACAUACCUGCCGGGUGCACGUAAUCAAGUGGCGGACGCACUGUCUCGUCUCCCUUGUCACUCAGCCCCCGGCCCUUCACCCUCCCCCAUUGACUCCCCUGCGACCCCUUCUGGGUCUCUUGCAGUUCUCGCGCCUGCGACUGACCCGCCCGAACCAUCGCACAAGACCCGGGGACCACGUCCUGACUACCGGGAACUUGCCGGCCUCCGCCGAUGUUCCUCCCGGAAACGCACUCCUUCACCCCCAGUUCCACCCCCGACCCCUACGCUCGACCCCGCUCCCGAAUCUCCCACGCCGGCAGACCAAAGACCUACGCCCCGUCCUCCCGUCCUCGACUGGCCGGCAGCGUAUUCUAAGUGCCCGGUGUUCAGCGCGCCUUAUAACGCUGCCUCUACCAAGCAGGGUGAAGUUGUUCAACUGGAGUUCCAACAUCGUCGUCACACCUUCCUCCCGUCCUCGACUGGCCGGCAGCGUAUUCUAAGUGCCCGGUGUUCAGCGCGCCUUUUCAGCGCGCCUUAUAACGCUGCCUCUACCAAGCAGGGUGAAGUUGUUCAACUGGAGUUCCAACAUCGUCGUCACACCUUCCGUUUUGUCCUGCCCUAUUUACAUAUCUGCGUUAAUGGUCUCUGGCUUAUCUGCGUGCCUCAGUUUCCAGAGUUCCUCACUCAUGUCCUGUAUACGCAUCAUGAUCACGUCACCGCCGGGCAUCGAGGCCAAAAGAAGACCUACAAGGCCCUCAGCAAGCAUUUCGUCACCGACUUACCCCUCACCACCUCUGGGCACGACGCCAUCCUGGUCGUCGUCGAUUCUCUCAGCAAGAUGGCACACUUUAUCCCGGCCAAGAAGUCCCACUCAGCCGCCGACACUGUAGCGCUCCUUGCUGACCGCCUCAUCCGCUACCACGGCUUCCCCAACGUCCUUCUUUCCGACAGGGAUCCUCGCCAUCAGGCUAGGGGAGGGCUGGACGACUGCUAG